AUGGAAGUGAAUUCCAAAAGACGUCGUGAAUCGAUGUAAAACUUAGAAGAGUUGUUUAAAAAAGAUGAUGAAGAUGUACAUCUUCUGUUCCCAAAUGACAUCAAGCGACAUAGGAAAAACAAGCUGACUCACAUUGCUAUAUAAAUUAAGAAGAGGUUCUCAGUGGAUGAGCAUCUACCAGAUAAUAUAAGUUGCCAAUCGAAUCCGACCAAGCUAGACAAAGAAUCUAAUUUACAUGAAGGUAGAUAUGAUCUGUUUAAUGAAAAGAGAAUUCAACGCAUCUCUUAGGAGAGAACACCCGUGAUUAAAGAUCAACUAAGAUAUACAACAAUACUGCCAAAAGUAAGCAGUGUAAGAUGCAUCAAAGUAGAUUAAUUUGAAGAUCAACUCAUGCGAACUUAUAAAAAAUCCUCCAACGACAAUUAGAACAAUGAAUAAUCACCAGUUAAUCGAGGGCCUAAUGAUCAGCAUUAAUUUUAGACUUUUGAAGCUAGAAUGAGCCAGGGAGACAUCUAACGGCUAUAAGCUGCAGAAGUAGAUUUAUCUCCAAGCAAAAGACCACCUCUUAGAAAAACUCAUUCAAAUAAAUUAAUCCAAGAUUUCAUUUAAAGCUACAAGUAUAAACUAGGAAUUAAAGAUCAUGCGAAAGUUGAUUUUGAAAUAUCAUAGCUAAAUAACAAAGUGAAGUAGUGGAAAUUAAAAAGGGGGAAAUUGAGACCAAUGAAGAUUGAGGAACUUGGUGUUUAAGACGUGAAUCUUAAUACUUAGUCCACAAGUGCGCCCACUUAGACAUCAUCAUAAAACGAAGAAAAGAUGAGUGCUCUCAAGAAAAAGAGAAAAUUGAGAUUCCUUCAGAAAGUUGCUGAAACUUAGCAAUAGGAUUAAUCAUUCUCAUAGCAAAUGAAUCAGGCUGUUAAGAUCGAUCUUAUCAAAAUCCCAAAGUUUCAAUCUCAUAAUGUAUCUCUAGUUAGCAAUGAUUCAAAUUCCAGAAAUGUCUCGCCAUAGAAAGUAUAAUCUGAAUACCCGAAAGUGAUAGUUGAAGAUUUCAAUCAGAACGAUCAGAAAUUCUUUGAUAGAUUGUCUGAUGAAGGGUAACUUAACAAUCACACUCUAACUCUUAAAUAGACUUCCGUCCAUGAACUAGAUGACUUCCAAAUUCAAAUUCCUAAGAUGCCUACCCAAAUUGAGAAAACUCCAUAAGCAUCUCCAUUAAAAUCUAAUUUUUCUAUUCAAGUGAGAGAGACUCUUAACUCAAGCAACUCAAAGCCUCAAAAAAACUUUUUUCCAAUUAAGCAGUCUGGGAGUGUCCUUCAAUUUCAAAAAGAUUGA